GGCAGCGGUGGCGGCUCGGUUCCGGAGUCUCGUUGAGAGGCUCGCGUGGGUGGCGACUCACGCUGCGGCCGAGUGAGCAGCGCGCCAAGCGCCGCGCCCCCCUUUCUCUCCACGGAAACCGCGGCUCGCGGGAGCCGCGGCUGGCGGGAACCAGCGGCCCGCGGAAGUGACGUGUUGCUCUGCCUGUAGCGCGUUUGAAUCGGUUCCCGGGUGAUCCUCGCGCCUCACGGCUGCGCGGCUACAACCGCCGUCGCCGAGGAGGAGCGGCAGCGCCUCAGGCCUAGGCCUCGAGCGGCCCCGAGGCCUAAGGCUGAAGGCCUCGCGUCGAGUCCACGCGUCGGCCCUCAGCGCGGCGGGGUCGGCGGCGGGCGUCGUCGGCUUCGCAGUCUUUUUUCCCUUUUCCCCAAUAUGGCAGCGAAGGGCGCCAACGGGCCUUCGGUGGAGGCUGGGGAGGACCGCGGCGGAGACGGCUGCAGAACCGUGUAUUUGUUUGACCGGCGGGAGAAGAAGUCGGAGCUCGGGGACCGCGAGCUGCAGGUCGAGGAGCGCGCGGACUUCGCGGGCUUCCGAGCCUCAGUGUGUCAGACAAUUGGCAUUUCACCCGAAGAAAAGUUUGUUAUUACAACUACAAGUAGGAAAGAAAUUACUCAUGAUAAUUUUGAUGACACUGUUAAAGAUGGAGUCACUUUAUACCUGUUGCAGUCAGUCACUCAGUUAUUACCAGCAGCUACAAAAGAACGAAUUGACUUUCUACCUCACUAUGACACACUUGUUAAAAGUGGCAUGUAUGAAUAUUAUGCAAGUGAAGGACAAAAUCCCUUGCCAUUUGCUCUUGCAGAAUUAAUUGAUAAUUCAUUGUCGGCUACUUCUCAUAAUGUUGGUAUUAGAAGAAUACAGAUUAAGUUGCUUUUUGAUGAAACACAAGGAAAACCUGCAGUGGCGGUGAUAGAUAAUGGAAGAGGAAUGACCUCUAAACAGCUUAACAACUGGGCUGUGUACAGGUUGUCAAAAUUUACAAGGCAAGGUGACUUUGAAAGUGAUCAUUCAGGAUAUGUUCGGCCAGUACCAGUGCCACGCAGUUUAAAUAGUGAUAUUUCCUAUUUUGGUGUUGGUGGCAAACAGGCUGUUUUCUUUGUUGGACAAUCAGCCAGAAUGAUAAGCAAACCUGCAGAUUCCCAAGAUGUUCAUGAACUUGUGCUCUCUAAAGAAGAUUUUGAGAAGAAGGAAAAAAAUAAGGAGGCAAUAUACAGUGGAUAUAUUAGAAACAGAAAGCCAUCUGAUUCUGUUCACAUUACAAACGAUGAUGAAAGAUUUCUACAUAAUCUUAUUGUAGAGGAGAAGGAAAAAGAUAGUUUUACUGCUGUGGUCAUCACAGGGGUACAACCAGAACACAUACAGUACUUGAAAAAUUAUUUCCAUCUUUGGACACGACAAUUAGCGCAUAUUUAUCAUUACUAUAUUCAUGGCCCAAAAGGAAAUGAAAAACGUACAUCAAAAGAAGUUGGACCUUUCAACAAUAUUGAUAUUGAUAUUUCCAUGUUUGAAAAAGGGAAAGCACCUAAGAUUGUCAACUUAAGAGAAAUACAGGAUGACAUGCAGACAUUGUAUAUAAACACAGCAUCUGAUAGUUUUGAGUUCAAGGCUCAUGUUGAAGGAGAUGGUAUAGUGGAAGGGAUUAUCCGAUACCAUCCUUUUUUAUAUGAUAGAGAAACUUAUCCUGAUGAUCCAUGCUUUCCAUCAAAACUAAAAGAUGAAGAUGAUGAUGAUGACUGUUUCAUACUUGAUAAAGCAGCAAGAGGGAAAAGACCAAUUUUUGAAUGCUUUUGGAAUGGACGAUUAAUACCAUAUACAUCAGUUGAAGACUUUGACUGGUGUACUCCUCCUAAGAAGAGAGGGCUUGCACCAAUUGAAUGCUACAAUAGAAUAUCUGGUGCAUUAUUCACUAAUGACAAAUUUCAAGUUAGUACAAAUAAACUUACAUUUAUGGAUCUGGAGCUGAAAUUGAAAGAUAAGAACACCCUUUUUACAAGGAUUUUAAAUGGACAGGAACAGAGAAUGAAAAUUGACAGAGAAUUUGCCUUGUGGCUGAAGGACUGUCAUGAAAAGUAUGAUAAACAGAUAAAAUUUACACUUUUUAAAGGAGUAAUUACCCGUCCAGAUCUUCCCUCUAAAAAGCAAGGCCCCUGGGCAACAUAUGCAGCAAUAGAAUGGGAUGGAAAAAUAUACAAAGCAGGACAGCUGGUCAAGACAACCAAGACACUUCCUCUUUUUUAUGGAAGCAUAGUAAGAUUUUUUCUUUAUGGUGAUCAUGAUGGAGAAGUAUAUGCUACAGGAGGAGAAGUUCAAAUUGCAAUGGAACCUCAGGCACUGUAUGAUGAAGUAAGAACUGUGCCAAUUGCAAAACUGGAUAGGACAGUUGCUGAGAAAACUGUUAGAAAAUAUGUGGAAGAUGAAAUGGCAAGGCUCCCUGAUAGAUUAUCAGUAACUUGGCCGGAAGGAGAUGAAUUAUUGCCUAAUGAAAUUAGGCCUGCUGGAACCCCCAUUGGUGCAUUAAGAAUUGAAAUACUAAAUAAAAAGGGGGAAGCAAUGCAGAAGCUUCCAGGAACAAGUCAUGGAGGAUCAAAGAAACUCCUGGUUGAACUUAAGGUUAUAUUGCACUCUUCAAGUGGGAAUAAAGAAAUCAUUUCACAUAUCAGUCAACACGGAGGAAAAUGGCCUUAUUGGUUUAAAAAAAUGGAAAAUAUCCAAAAAUUGGGGAAUUACACAUUGAAAUUACAAGUUGUAUUGAAUGAAAGCAAUGCAGACACCUAUGCAGGAAGACCACUCCCAUCUAAAGCCAUUAAAUUUUCUGUUAAAGAGGGCAAGCCAGAGAAAUUUUCUUUUGGUCUUCUGGAUCUUCCUUUUCGUGUUGGAGUUCCAUUCAAUAUCCCUUUGGAGUUUCAGGAUGAAUUUGGUCACCCUAGCCAACUAGUAACUAAUAUUCAGCCAGUUCUUGAAGCAAGUGGUUUAUCUUUACAUUAUGAAGAAAUAACCAAAGGACCAAAUUGUGUAAUUCGAGGUGUUACAGCUAAGGGCUCUAUAAACUCUUGUCAAGGCAAGAAUUUUAACUUGAAGGUGGUUCUGCCAGGUUUAAAAGAAGAUUCUCAGAUUUUGAAAAUUAGACUACUACCUGGUCCCCCUCAUCGUUUAAAAGUUAAACCUGAUUCUGAAUUUUUGGUUAUAGAAAAUGGGACAGCUUUCCCAUUUCAGGUGGAAGUUUUAGAUGAAUCAGAAAACAUAACAACACAACCAAAACUGAUUGUUCAUUGCAAGUUUUCAGGUGGUCCAAACCUUCCAGUUUAUGUUGUGGAUUGUAGUAGUUCUGGAACUAGUAUUUUAACAGGACCUGUAAUUCAAGUUCAGAAUAUUAAAAAAGACCAGACACUUAAAGCAAGGAUUGAAAUACCUAGUUGUAAAGAUGUGUUACCAGUAGAAAAAACUAUUAAAUUGCUUCCCAGUAGCCACGUUGCACAACUACAGAUAUUCAGUGUAGAGGGACAAAAGGCAAUCCAAAUCAAACAUCAGGAUGAGGUUAAUUGGAUAGCAGGUGAUACUAUGCAUAAUCUUAUUUUUCAAAUGUAUGAUGAAGGAGAAAGAGAAAUAAAUAUAACAGCGGCUUUAGCAGAAAAAAUUAAGGUUAAUUGGACUCCUGAGAUUAACAAAGAAAACUUACUACAGGGUCUACUUCCUGAUGUACAAGUACCAACGUCUAUAAAAGAUAAACGCUACUGCCAGGUCUCAUUCCAAGAUGAUCAUGUAUCUUUGGAAAGUGCAUUUACAGUAAGGCCACUUCCUGAUGAACCAAAACAUCUAAAAUGUGAGUUAAAGGGAGGAAAAACAGUGCAGAUGGGCCAGGAGCUUCAAGGAGAAAUAGUUAUGAUCAUCACAGAUCAGUAUGGAAAUCAGGUACCGGCAUUUUCACCAAGUUCCUUAUCUGCCUUAUCGAUUGCUGGGGUUGGACUUGAUAGCUCAAAUUUGAAAACUACUUUGCAGGAAAACACACAAAGUAUAAGUGUAAGAGGCAUAAAGUUUAUUCCAGGCCCUCCUGGAAAUAAGGAUCUUUGUUUUGCAUGGCGUGAGUUUUCUGACUUUAUUCGAGUGCAGCUAAUUUCUGGACCUCCUGCUAAACUUACCCUGAUAGACUGGCCAGAACUAAAAGAGGCCAUUCCAGUGAUUAAUGGAAGAGAGUUAGAGCGUCCUCUUGCUGUUCAACUUUGUGAUCAGUGGGACAAUCCAGCACUAGUACCAAAUGUAAAAAUAAGUCUCAUAAAAGCCAGCAGUUUAAAGCUCACACCUUCAAACCAGCAACAUAAAACAGAUGAAAAAGGCAGGGCUAAUUUUGGAGUGUUCCUUGUUUUCGCUUCUAGGGGAGAACAUACUAUCCAGGUUAAAGCCACCUAUAACAAGAGUACCAUAGAAGGACCUGUAAUUAAGUUAAUGGUUCUUCCAGACCCUGAAAAACCCAUUCGUCUCAACGUUAAAUAUGACAAAGAUGCUUCCUUUUUAGCAGGGGAUGUUUUCACUGAUUUUAUGGUUAGUGUUAUUUCUGAAGAUGAAAGUACCAUAAAAAAUAUUAAUGCUGCACGUAUUUCCAUGAAAAUGUGGAAACUGACUGGCAAUGUGAAUCGACCACCUGCAAAUGCAGAAACAUUUAGUUGCAAUAAAAUAAAAGAUAAUGACAAGGAAGAAGGCUGCUUCUAUUUCAGGGAUAAAGUAAUUCCUAACAAAGUGGGAACAUAUUGUAUCCAGUUUGCUUUUAUGAUGGAUAAAGCAAAUAUGCUCAGCAGUGAACAGGUUAUAGUUGAUGUCCUACCGAAUCUGCCUAUGAAGUUGGUUCCUGAAAUCCAGCCAGCUACUCCUGCUGUUUCUAAUGUUCGCUCUAUUGCCAGUAGGACCUUGGUCAGAGACUUGCAUCUCAGUAUUACGGAUAAUUAUGGCAAUCAUACUGGAAUGAAUCUGGUUGGCACUGUAGUAGCUACCAUUAAAGGUUUUAAUGAGGAGGAUAUAGAUAUCCCACUCUUCAUUGGGAAAGUUAGAACACUUGAGUUUCCUUUUGUGAAUGGUUCAGCUGAAAUCACAGUAAGUUUGCGUCCUGCUUUAAUGACACUAUUUUCAUAUUUCAUUAUAAUGGUGCCAUUUUUUGAUAGAAACAAUAAUGUGUCAUACAUUGAAGCACUUUUGAAAAGAAAGAUAGCAGAACAGGAAGAACUAAAGAAAAAACCCAGAAGAUCAUGUACACUUCCAAAUUAUACUAAAGGCAGUGGAGAUGUUUUGGGAAAGAUUGCACAUCUUGCACAAAUUGAAGAUGACAGAGCUGCAGUGGUUAUUUCCUGGCAUCUGGCAAGUGACAUGGACUGUGUGGUCACCCUAACCACUGAUGCUGCACGUCGAAUAUAUGAUGAAACCCAGGGUCGUCAACAGGUGUUACCCCUUGAUUCUAUUUAUAAGAAGACUCUGCCAGAUUGGAAAAGACCUCUCCCUCAUUUCCGAAAUGGAAAAUUAUAUUUUAAACCCAGUGGAGAUCCAGUCUUUGCUCGAGACUUGUUAACAUUUCCAGAUAAUGUAGAACAUUGUGAAACAGUAUUUGGUAUGCUGUUAGGAGACACCAUUAUUUUGGAUAACCUGGAUGCAGCCAAUCAUUAUAGAAGAGAGGUUGUUAAAAUCACUCAUUGCCCCACACUGCUGACCAGAGAUGGAGAUAGAAUUCGAAGUAAUGGGAAGUUUGGGGGUCUUCAGAAUAAAGCUCCUCCAAUGGAUAAACUUCGAGGAAUGGUAUUUGGAGCUCCUAUACCAAAACAGUGCAGGAUUUUAGGAGAACAAAUUGAUCUUCUUCAACAAUAUCGCUCAGCUGUAUGCAAGCUGGGUAGUGUGAAUCAGGACCUUAACGGUCAAUUAGAGUACCUUCACACUCCUGAUAUGAAGAAGAAAAAGCAAGAACUUGACGAACAAGAAAAAAGUUUGAAACUCAUAGAGCAAAAACUUGGUAUGACUUCUACACGUAAGUGUAAUGAUUCUUUGCGCCAUUCACCAAAAGUUGAGAUGACUGAAUGCCCAAUUCCUCCUAAAAGAAUGAGAAGAGAAACUACAAGACAAAAUAGAAGACCAAAAGGUGACUUACCCAACUGAAUGUUUCUGGGGAUGAUAUGAGUCUGGGCAUGAAUUUCCAUGUCUAUCCAAAUGAGACUGGAAGCAAUUAUUCAAUUUUAUGGAUCUCAAUGGACCGUGUGGAUUUACUGGAAUUACUGCAGUAACUAUGUCCCUUGGUUGUUAUCUUGCAAAUGUGUCAGAAGAAAAUACUUCUAUGGCAGUAACUACAAAACUGACAUACAACAUUCAUUGAUCCUGAAGAGAAAUGUACUAUUUUUCAGUAUAAUUAUGAACAUGUUAGAGCUAUUUCUGGAAAGCAGCCUUUUUUAUUACUUUUGUGUAAAUUUAUUUAACAAAGAAGUUUCGGUUUUUGUAUAAGGAAGAUUCUAAAGACUAGAUAUUUAAUUGUAAAUAUAUGAGGAAACUCAAUGAAGAAUUCAAGACAAAAAUAGAAAAAGCACAAACAAAUGUGAAUUCAAAUAUACAUGGAAAGCCAGGCAUGGUAGUCCAUGCCCUGUAAUCCCACACUUGAGAGGCUGAGGAACGAUGACUUAUUGAUAGUUCAAGGCCGGCUUGGCCAAGAAGGAGAGUUCCUGUUCCAAAAAAAAAAAACACCACCAACACCAAAAAACAGAUACAUGGGAAAAGAAAUUGGUGAGUAAACUUCUGGCAGGUUAUCACAAAGAGUGUAUCCUGUGUGUAAAUAAAAUAUACAGCAACAAUUUUUAUAAGUAUUGUCUUAUUAAUACUAGAUUAUAUAGUCUCAGCCUUUCUUCUACACUUACAUUAUUUUCUAAUUUUUAUUACUGUUUUAAGAGGUUAAAGCAAACACACUUUCAUAUUAAUGCAAUAAGAAUUUAUUAGGAAAUUGUAAAAACAAAAGUUUCAAUUAUGUUUUGAUUCAAGCUCACGAGUCCUCUGUAUAUCUUUGUAUAAAUUCAAGACUGUUGGUUGUGAAGUUAUUUUUUGUAUGGAAUACUUUUGGUACAGUUUGUGUCCCAGGAGAUAAGUGACAUAUGUGUGUGUGUUUUAAUCCUUUCUGAAUAUGCAAUGAACCUAAUAAUAAAUAGGAUUGUUUCUUUCCAUACUGAA